AUGCUUACGCAGUACAACUAUCUCUUCGUCAUUGGCACCUUGUUCGCCUGGCUCGAUGCAUUCAACAUCGGUGCCAACGAUGUGGCCAACGCCUGGGCCACGGCUGUGGGCUCUCAGUCCAUCAGCUAUCUGCAUGCCAUGAUGCUCGCGGCCGCCAUGGAAUUCUCGGGCGCCGUCGGCGUCGGCGCCCGCGUCGCCGACACCAUCAGGACAAAGAUCGUCGACACGGAGAGGUUCGCCGAGACGCCGGCCCUGCUCAUGCUUGGAAUGGUGUGCGCCGUGACGGCCUCCUCUCUCUACCUCACCUUCGCCACAAAGGUCGGCCUGCCCGUUUCCACGACUCACUCCAUCAUGGGCGGCGUCAUCGGCUUCGGCAUCGCCGCCCUGGGUGUCAACGGUAUCCAGUGGGUCGAGCCCGGCGGCGGCAUGAAAGCCCUCAACAGCGGUGUCGUGCAGGUGUUCCUGGCUUGGAUCAUAGCACCCUGCCUCGCAGGCAUCUUCGCGGCCACCAUCUUCAGCAUCACCAAGUUUGCCGUCCUUCUCCGGAAGAACCCGGCCAUGAAGGGGCUCUUCCUGGUCCCCGUCUACUUUGGAAUCACCGCGUCCUUGAUCGUCAUGCUUCUCGUCUGGAAGGGCGGCUCCUACGAGAUCGCCCUGACCGACGCCCAGAUCCCCAUCGUCAUCGUCUGUGUCGGCCUCGGCUGGGCCGCCCUCGUCGCCACCUUCUUCGUCCCGUGGCUGUACCGCGUCAUCAUCAAGGACGACUGGCAGAUGCGGUGGUACCACGUCUUCCACGGCCCUCUUCUCCUCCGACGCGGAGACGUCGGCCCUCCUCCCGCGGAUUUCCAGGGCCGCGUUCGAGACUUCUACGCCGGCCACGCCACCAAGGAAGACCUCGAGUCUCAAGGCGUCAAGGGGGGCGAGGCCGGGCCUGCUGCCCACCCGCCUCGAAAAUCUCUCGUUGGCCCCAAACCCGACGGUCCUUGGUACAGCGGGCCGGUUCUUUUCUGGUACUUCAAGUUCGCCGUGCUCCGAGGCGUCGACCAGGAUAUCGUCGGUGCCCGGCACGACGAUGGAGGCCUCGCCGGCAGCAAUUUGGACGAGAUGCAUGCUCGCGCGGCCAGGUACGACAACAAGGCGGAAUAUCUCUAUACUUUCCUCCAGAUCAUGACGGCCGCUACCGCGUCGUUUGUCCACGGCGCCAACGACGUCUCCAACGCCAUCGGCCCAUAUGCCACAAUCUUCCAGGUCUGGAGAGACGGGAGGCUGCCUGUAGGUGACAAAGCGGAAGUACCGGUCUGGAUUCUUGUCUUUGGCGGUGCCGGUAUCGCCAUCGGUCUGUGGACGUAUGGAUAUCGCAUCAUGCGCAACCUGGGCAAUAAGGUCACUCUUCACAGUCCGAGUCGUGGCUUCAGCAUGGAGUUGGGCAGCGCAUUUACCAUCAUCUUCGCCACCCGUCUCUCUCUUCCCGUCUCGACGACCCAGUGCAUCACGGGUGCUACCGUGGGUGUUGGCUUGUGCAAUGGUGAUUGGCGGGCCAUCAACUGGCGCAUGGUUGCAUGGAUCUACGCGGGUUGGUUCAUCACUCUGCCGACCGCCGCUAUCCUCAGCGGGAGUCUGAUGGCGUUCAUCAUCAAUGCCCCUCGAUGGGGAGGUCAAGUCUGA